UCUCAGUGGGCUCUACCUGCAGUAGAGGUUCUUGUGUCCCUGAUGUUUGACUUCCCCUGCACAAGGUGGGCUCAGUGCCCAACUUUUUGCUUUUUCUGUAGAUGUGAACAGACGAGAUCGUUUUCCCAGGAGAAGCCUGCUCAUUACCAAACUGGAUAUCGUUGGGUUUUAUGAUGCACUGUUGUGGAUUUGGAGUUCACUCUUACUUCAUAUAUGGAUCUCUUUGAGAGCUACUCUUUCCUCAUGUUGAAAGGCAGCUGCCUUUUAGAGGGGGACUGACCCAGACCCCUGGACGCUGGCUGACAUCUACCUGGAGUGCUUCACCCGCCUUUGUGGCACGGUGGAGGGGGAGCAAAGCGUCAUGCCCACUCUUCCCAAUCUUAACAGCCUUGGAAGUCUGUGUAGCUCCAGCCGCAGCCACAACGUAGACCGUGUGCGGGUGAAACGCAAGGGCUCCAUCAAGCGCAUGUCCAUCAUUGAGGACGGCCAUGUGGCUGAGGUCCUGUACCUCAUCCCAAAACAGUACAUGGAGCAGCUGCCCUACCUCAACCCAAACGACUAUUACCUGAGUGAGAGGCUACAUGAUGUUGCUUCAGUGGCUCAUGCGCAGGACACGCACCACGACUCCACAGCGAAGCCCCUGAUCCAGUGCUAUAAGUGCGGGCAGCCAUGCAAGGGUGAGGUCCUGCGGGUGCAGAACAAGCACUUCCACCUAAAGUGCUUCACCUGUAAAGCGUGCGGAUGUGACCUGGCCCAGGGCGGCUUCUUCAUGAAGAAUGGAGAUUAUCUGUGCACAGUGGACUACCAACGCAUGCACGGUACUCGCUGCAAUGGAUGCGGGGACUUUGUGGAGGGGGAAGUGGUCACUGCACUGGGCAAGACCUAUCACCCUGCCUGCUUUGUUUGCACAGUCUGCAAACGGCCGUUCCCUGCUGGAGACAGGGUGACCUUCAACGGGAAGGACUGUCUCUGUCAGUACUGUGUUGAGCCUAUGUCUCCAGGACCAAAAGACAUCCUGGGCACCAGCAAUUGUGCAGGAUGCGGACGAGAUAUUAAGAAUGGACAGGCUCUCCUAGCAUUGGACAAACAGUGGCAUCUCGGCUGCUUCAAGUGUAAGGCCUGCGGUAAAGUGCUAACCGGAGAGUACAUCAGCAAGGAUGGUGCACCGUACUGUGAGAAGGACUACCAGAUUCAUUUUGGAGUGCAGUGUGAGGCGUGUCAUCAAUUCAUCACAGGCAAAGUACUUGAGGCAGGAGAUAAGCAUUACCAUCCCAGCUGUGCGAGAUGCAGCAGGUGCAAUCAGAUGUUCACGGAAGGAGAAGAGAUGUACCUGCAAGGAUCAACAGUGUGGCAUCCUGCCUGCAAGAACACAACUAGAACAGAGGAGAGACACAGGGAGAGGCCAACGAGGUCGUCAUCUGAGAGUAUUUGUUCCAGACCUGGCUCAAGCAUACCUGGCUCACCGGGUCACACAAUCUAUGCAAAAGUAGACAAUGAGAUUCUUGAUUACAGAGACCUAGCUGCCAUUCCAAAAGUCAAAGCCAUUUAUGACAUUGAGCGCCCUGACCUUAUUACCUAUGAACCUAUGUACACCACCUCUCUGGAGGAACGAGAGGAGAGACGAGAAAGUGUAGGAGAGCUUUUCAAUGCCAGGAGGGAGCGCUCGCCCUUGCCCGAUGAAAAGUUUUUUAGACCCAUGUCUCCAACCCUUUCCAAUGAGGGAUGUUAUGACAAAAGAGAACGCAUUCUCCAGAGGUCCACCAGUCAGGGCUCCUUAGGCUCGCCAGUUUAUAAUCGCCAUGGUUACACCCCCACUCUGUCACGGUCCCCACAGCAUUUUCACAGGCCAGAAGCACUGACAGGCAUGCAGAAGCUCUGCUCCUCUUUGUGCAGUAACAGUGUGGGCUCCAGAAAUAAUGACUCCCGCCCCACCUCCCCUUUUAGACACCACUUCCUCCCCCAUAGCCAAGGCACUGACCCACCAAGUGGCCGGAGCUCCCCUCUCCCGCUUAGGCCUGAGAGCCGGCCCGGCACCCCGCCUCUCUCUCUGACCCCUAAACAUUUUCACCUCCCAGAUCAGGGCAGUAACAUCUAUAGGAAACCACCCAUCUACAAACAAUACGCUGCCAUAGCACGUCAAAGCAAGUCGGCUGAUGACAUCAUCAGAUGUGCCACCUUCCCCGCUGCCCAUGCUCCCUCUCCAGACGACAGCUCACAGAGUGAGGGUGAUUGUUGGCCCUCCUCUAACGCUGUAUUAGAGGGAAGAAGACGAUCCAGAGAAGAAGAGGAGGAAGAUGCCUUGAAAAGAAAGCAGCUUCAGGAAGAACACCUCAACAAGAUUCAGUCCGGUUUGGGAAAGCUAAUUCUCAGGGAGGAGAUGGAAAAGGAGCAGAUUAGGGAACGCUACACAAGGAGUGUUUCUGCUCAGCGCUAUGACAUCAAGCAGGAUAACUGUGAUGCAGAUCCGACGUCUCCAACGAGAACAAACUCUUUGCCUGGGUAUGGGAGGAAUGGCCUACACCGGCCCCAGUCAACAGAUUUCACACAGUACAACAGCUAUGGUGACAUGUGUGGAGGGGGCAGAGAGUUUCAGCACAUUAAGGAUGGCCGAGCAGCACUUGCAAGGAUGGACAGGGGAGUAUCUAUGCCUAAUAUGUUGGAGCCCAAAGUGUAUCCCUAUGAAAUGCUCAUGAUAACCAGUAGAGGGAGAGCUAAACUGCCCAGGGACGUGGACAGAACCAGACUGGAGCGCCACUUAGCACCUGAAACGUUCUUUGACAUCUUUGGACUGGAGAUCCAGGAGUUUGACAGGCUUCCCCUGUGGAAACGCAACGACAUGAAAAAGAAGGCCAAGCUUUUCUAACGCUCACAGCAGCAUGCAUAUACUGUACACACAUGUACAUUCAAACAGACCAUUUAAGAAAACAAUCAUCUAGACUAGACUUUGGUUUGUUUCCUUAUUUUGAGGUUGUUUUUUUUUCUACCUUCUGAAAUGAACUCUUUUCGCUCACUUCCUGAGACUGUGAGCUGAAUGGUGCGGCACAUUAGAUUUGUACAGGAAACCAAUAAUCGAGCUCUAGAAUCAGUUUCAUGUUCAAAAAUGACAAAGAAUGAAUGAUAAAUAGGAUCAUGAGAUUUGUAUUGAUGCCGCUUGUUUUUUCUUGCUUUGCUUUCGUCUUUUUUAUGCUUGUUCCUUCCUGCUAUUUGUUGCUGUUGACUCCUGUGGAACUUUGUAAGUGAAGUAGAACCUUAUGAUGCCACAGAAUGUCCAUGCUUGUAGCCUGAACAUAAGUCUUGCUUUCUUUGCUUGGACCGAAAAAGAGUUGGUCCAAAGUUUGCAUCAAUUGGCUCAGUGAGUCUUUGAAUAAUAUAAAUGAUUUUUAAAAAAACACUGGGAAAGAAGUUAUCUGAACAGCAGAAACAGUUUUGCUGCAUCUACAUGGGAAUGAACGAUCCAAGCAUCUUCACUCAGCCUUCAGCUUGGCUUCUGGACAUGUCGGCUUUCAUUAGAUUCUUAUAUAAAGAGAAAAUGGCACUCCUCUCGGGCUUCAUGAAACAUGGCCAGACACUUACCCUUUACAUGUAUUUGAAGUAUAAAUCUCAAUAUAUUUUAUUGCCAUACCCAAAAUACAAUAAGGGACAAUUCGAUAAUACACCUAAUGUAAGCAAGCCUGUGUUUGAAAGUAUUGUUUUAUAUAUGACAACCCACACUGCCGUUUGUUGUAUCGAAAAAGAAGCCAAUAAAGCUUUAAAUCAUCAUGAACCACAUGAUCCCCAGCUAUACCGAGAUA